AUGGGCACACCCGACAGCCGGCUGGAUCCGACAGACCGCCAGCGCUCGCUCUUUCGGAAGCUGCAAAUCCGCAAAUGGUCGAGUGACACGAUCGAGAUGGUCCCGGGCCUCAUCGGCGCAUACCAGGCAUAUGCCGGCCUUCUCUGCGCCGCACGCAAGGGCGACCCGAUCGAGACGACGGCGACGGCAAGAGGAGACGGAGAAGCAUCGCUGGAGAGUGCUGCGCGCCAGGUGGUGCAGGAGCUCUUUGCCUGUCGCUGCAUCCUGACAAAGCAGACCCGCCAGAUCAGGAGUACCCGGGAGAGCAUUGAAGACGGUGGGGUCUCGACCUUGUCAGGGAAUGAGAUUCAGGCCGUGCUCCACUCGACGUUUGCCCGCGGGUUUCUGUGCUGCCCGGGCAUAGCAGAAGCGAUCGGUCCUCUGCAUGCACUCCUGCUCGAGCCUGCAGCCCAGUCUUGCGAGAAGACUAGUCCGAACCGAUCUGAGGGUGAGAUGAAGCAAGAACGCCCAGACGACAGAGCCCCGACGACAGAACGGGGUCCGGACCCCCCAGCGUGGACGUGGUCUCGCUGUCAGGAGCAGAGACUGAGGAGCGUGGCCAAGCCGCCGCCGUCGCGACGUUUCACGGUCCUGGACACGGCCAGACGGCCGUCACGCAAGCAGAAGCAGAAGCUGCCUGCUUCGGCUGCUGCUGCUGCCCCCGUGGACCCGAUGGCCGAGCUGCAGAGGUGGCGAUGGUGGGCGUCGUCGCAGCGGCUGUGUGCCGAGCGGAUGCGGCCACACAGCGAGCGUCUGCGCCGGCAGCUGGUAGAGCGCAUGGCCGAGCAGGAAGAGGCGCGCAAGCGACUCAUGGCUACACGAAAGAACGCGCUGCAGCAGCAUCUGCGGCAGCUGCUGCUGCAGACGAACCCGUUUGCCGACGCCAGGCCGCCGAUCCGCCUAGCUAAACCCGCUGCGAACACGACUGAGACCAGACAGAGCGGCUGGCCGGCCGACGAAAGGAUGCCUCCGUCGUGUCGUCUCUGCCGGUGUCGGCACCACCGAGGCGAGGCGCUUCGGCAACCCGUGGCACCGACCAGCACGACAGCGGCCGGCCCAGACGGUAGUCGUGGCCGUGUCCAUGUCCAGGACAGCUCGCCAGACGCGAACGAAGAGAUCCGGUCCGCCCGGCUGCGUCUCCUUCCCGAAACGAUGUCGCUGUCGUCCUGCUUCCGGAUCGCAAAGCGGCGGCUGCCGUCUCCGGCAGCACUGCAGACGACUCUGGCCGCGCUGCUCCGCGCCGCCAAGGGCCCGCUGUCUGCCUCGAUGACCACAACUACCGCCGUCUUUCGCCAACAGAUGCACGGACUGCUGCAGAACACGAGCAGCGGACGCUUCCACGACGGACUCACCCGAAGGCUUGCUGCUGCCAACAGGACUGGACACGGUUUGCCCCGGCUUUCAGCGUCGGAAAGCAGUCUGAAGUCGUGUCGAGAAGAGAAAUCGGUCCGACGACAGAAGAAGGAUCCUGGAUACAUCGUGAAUGAUCCGCGGCUGUUUUUUGGUCAUUAUUAUUGA